AUGGAACAUGUGAUUCUUCGACAGAAAGAAGUCGCCGAAGAAAGAAGCAAGGAAGCUGAAGUCAAGCUGGCUGUCAGGGAAGGGAAGAAAGAAGUCGCCGAAGCUUACGGCAAGAUCCUGGUCUGUGUUAAGGAGAAGUUUGCUAGGAAGAAAGAUGAGGUCGACGCUUUGGUGUACGCUCAGGAGCUCCAAGCUAAUGCCGACCUCUUGAAGGAUAUGCUGAACAACAAGAUCCAAAGCGUUGAAGAGGAGUACAACCAAUUGGUGGCCUUAUUACCAGAAGCGACAACUGCGUAUGAGAAGGCUCAAGUCUCUGACUUCUCGGUCAGCAAGCUUCCUCUUCCCCAGAUCUCGGAGAGUUCAGCUCCAGUCGAGGCAGCGAGCGGUGCGGCUUCUUGUUUGGACUUUAUAGACAAGUGGCUCCGAGGUCUGGAUGGUGCCCCCGGAGCCUUGGUAGCUAUGUCGAUACUUGGCUUCUCGAUUCCUUCCACGGGUAUAAUUCGUUUUACGAGAGGGUCGGAUGUGGAAGCUAAUGCGGCGAGCGCGUCUGCUGAGGAGUUCUCCCCUCGUGGGAUCCUCGUUAGCUCGAACUUGUCAAACUGCUUUGUGAGGUUUAGGACGACCUCGAGGUAUGCCCCCAUUCUUUCGUCCCUUGUUUCGUAUUCCCCGUGA